AUGACGGCGUCCGAUUCGGGCGAGGAGGAAAGCGAGCUGUAUGCCGAAGACGCAUACGGAGAGGCGGCAGACGAGUCUCCAGAAGAGCACGAGACUGCAGAAGUGAUAGAAGUCUUGGAGGUCAAUGAGAGCUCCUUUGACGAAAUAAAGCUGCCGUCCGACGUUGUGGCAGAAACACAGGAGGCAUGGUACACCUUCAUUACCAUGGCAACUUCGCGCGAUGUGGCAGGAGAAGCCAUUUAUAGCGCAAUCUUUGAGGCUGCCCCAACUCUUCAACCCCUCUUCAAGACGCCGCGAGCUGUCAUGUCAAUGCGAUUUAUGAAUGGCUUGAAUACAAUCAUUGCCUCCAUGGACAACCCGUCUGCGCUGAAAGUGACUACGGAAACACUGGGAUUCCAACAUCUGGAUUUGGACGUGACCGCUCCUCGUGUGGGAAUGUUCCGCGAUGCCAUCGUGGAGCUCUUUGAGACAGAGCUCCAAGCUCGCUUCUCCUCGAAAGCAAAGAGCGGCCUGAUGUCCAUUCUGAAUUACGUCGGGGGUGCUUACAUCUUCAUCCGCCGCGAAUAUGCCAGUCGCAUCAAGAUCAUCACGAAGAGCUGGAAAACGGCCAACAAGGCCCAGGAGGAAGAGGAAGAGGAGAAAGAAGACCAAGGCUCCGAGAACGACUCGUCGAUUCACAAAACCAUCAGUACCAAAGGCAACAGUUCCACCUGGAAAGACGGAGCCAAAGAGAACAAAGAGACCAGGGAGGCUCGAGAGGCCAAGCGCGCCAUGGAAACCAUGAAGGUGCCGACGACCUUCAACGAGAUGUUCAUCUUCAAUGCAGCGGUCAUGGGCUUCAGUAGCAGCAACUGGAUGACACUGGUGCUGGAGCAGUUUGCCUCCAUCGUCACCAAUGCAGCAAACUCCUAUCGGCUGCAGGAGGAGUGUGACAUUUUGGCUCUGCGGUUGGCCAAGUAUAGAGGUCCAAUCCAACUCAAUGAGUUCAAAGCAGUGAUGCUGGCUGCGCUAAGAUCCUUGGUGCCCCGAGAGUGGAGCUCGGAACACGAAGUUGCCUGGACUUGGCUCUGGGAGAACGUGGAGCGUCUCCUGCGCAGCAUCUUGGGCAAGCCUCAGCAGCAGGAGAAGGCCUUGGAGCGCUUCAUCAAAAGCCUCACGGAGCAGGCAUUGGUCCACAUGCGCAAUGAAGUGUACAACAGAUUCUUUCUGGCUGCUCCAGCAGGACAAGACCACUUUAAGCAGUCGUCCUCACGACUUCACUUCAUCGCCGACAAAGUCGUCGAGAUGACCAUGGAAAUUUACCGGGAGCCAAGAAGGAUGGUUGAGGAUAUCUCCGCAUUGGGACUUCGUCACGUUGGCUAUGCCAUCCCCACGGAGCUGUUUGCACCCUUCGUGUCCUGCUUCGUCGAGACGGUCAAAGAGCUCACCACCGACGAAGUCGCCCAAGACGCUUUCCGCUGGUCUUUGACCCUGAUCUCCAAGAUGUUGGUGCGCACCAUCCUCGAGGGCUCCACCGUGGUUAUGAAGGCAGUGAACACCAACUCGGAGAAGCAGCUUCGGAAGGCCAUCGCAGUGGCACCUCGCGGGAAACGAGCGGUGUGGUUGCUGGACAUCUCCGUUGGGUCUCAAUCAAUCUCGCCGCUGCUUUGGGCACUGCAAAGUGGCAGCUUGAAAACAUGCAAGGCCAUGAUCCAAGACCUCCUGACCAUUCGAGCCGAUCGCGACAAUUACUACUAUGGCUGCGAUGAGCUGUUCAUGCGCCAUCCAGAUAUCGUCAAAAGACUCCUUGCCGAUGCGGAAUUCCUGCUCCCUGUCUUGAUGGACGGCCUGAUUUGGAGGUCGAGGAUGGCCCAAAGAGGCAAGCGGCGAGUCAACUACUACGUAAAGCAUAUCAUCGUGGAUGUCGACGGCAAUUUCAGCAAGGCCUUGAGGUGGAUCGUGAAAGCAGGGAAUGCCAAGCACAUUUGUCAUCCAGCAGUGGUGAUGGUUGCUGAUAUGUUGUGGAGCAAAAUUGCAUGCGCAUACUUCGCGUUCGGCCGCCUCGGCCUUCUCUUUAUCUUGAUGUGCUUCGUCAUAAGCCAAUCCGUAUUGCCGCGGCUACACACUGUCAGCACGCAGAGCGAUCGGAUAGUAAUGUUUGCUCUCAGGCUUUUUGUGUACCUUUGCAGCCUUGGCACCUUCGCGGUGAUGCAGAGUCGUCAGAUCAUCGAGGAUGUGAAGUCUAGAUCCUUCUCCCGUUGCUGGCGGAUUCCAUACCCGCAGCAUCUCGCGGACUGGAAGGAAAGAGUAACGCUUCUUCUGGUCAUCACACUUAUCCUCAUGGCCACCCAGGAGCCCAUCCUGUACUGUCUCUCUCAAUGGGAGGGCGACUUCGACGGUGCUGGUAUUUUUACGCAGAGCUGCCCUGCAGGCCUUGCACACAAGGACGUUUAUUCAUCCUUGGGAUGCAUUGCACUCCUCCUGUACUUCGCACGAAUUACAGACUUGAGCAUCCUGUCGACCUGGGCUUCUGCGUUCCUGCUGGUUUGCGCUCGAAUGUUGACAGAGCUCACGCUGUUUCUUACAGCUUUGGCUUUUCUUAUUGUGGCCUUUGCCACGUCAGCAUCUACGUUGCAGCGCAGCAUGACGGACUUCUCCAGAGCAGACAGAGCAAUGCUGUCCCUUGCGGAAGUUGCACUGGGGCUGUAUCCCAACAGCCACUUUGCAGAGCUGCAGACGAGCGGCUUACUACUUGCAACGGUUAGUGUCUUCAUACUGAUCUCUCUGGUCUUCCUGCUGAAUCUCUUGGUGGCACAGUUGAAUAGCGCCUACCAAGCAGUUUAUGCCGACAUGGUAGGCUUUGCACGCCUGAAUCGAGGCAAAAUAACGCUGGAGACGCUAGCUUCUGUGUCCCAGCGGCGAUGGAGACGUUUUGCGGAUAGCUUGAGUUUAGAUGAGCGCCUGGAAUUCAAUGAGGGAGAUGUGGGCCUUGCAGGAGGUAUACAGGUCUUGGAGCCCGCCAAUGCGCAUCCGACCAACGUUGAGGUCAUCAGGCGGUAUGGCGGCUCCACAUCUCCCAGCAUGCAAUGGCCGGAGGAUCCAGAUGAUGAUGAGGACAGCCGACUGGAGCGCUUGGAGAAGAUCAUGAGCCGUGCUGUGAAGCACAUGAGCAAGAGGCAAGAGAGUCGGCUGGGCUCGAGCUGUUCAGGGCACAGCUCCAGCAACUCGUCAAUGGACAGCGAGCAUAGUGACAAGCAGUGA